UACUCAAUUAGGUGGAGGUAGAGGUGUGGUAAGUGAGAGAGAAAGAGAGAUACAAAGUGAGAUAGAGAGAGAUCUUACAGCAGGUCUUCAGAUCUUGAGCGACAGAGAGGAUCUUUUCGACCAGACAGAGCUCUGAGCUCAGAGCUCUUUGGCUCGUCUGUUCAGAGCUGGAACACAGAGUCACACGGGCCAACCGUUCGACCACACAGCCUAAUGGGAAACUAGGCCCCCAGGGCGCACACAUACAGAUGCCUCUACGCAUACAGAAGGUCAACGGAGGAGGCCAGAAGGAAGAAGACCAGCCGUAUGCCAUGAUCCGGAAAGACACCAAAAGCAGGAAGUCUCGCCAGGAAGGUGGCAGUGUGAUCAAGACCAGGCGGCCGGUGCAGCGUAGGAUGACCUGUCCGAAUCCUCAUGAGAUCAGCCGUGUGCUGCAGAACCCAGCUAUGCCUACUCUCGCCCGUGCCGCCAGUCUGGAUGAGCUUAUCCAACGCUGCCUCCACUGCUUUGACUCUGAUGGGAAGCUAAUCCGAGGGAUACAGCUGGUCAAUAUGACUCUGAUGAUGCACAAUUGGGUGGUACCAUCCCAAACUUUUGCCCAAAAGCUGCUCUCUCUCUACAAGGACUGUCCUAUAGAGAAGAGAGCUCAGAAGAGGCCCCAGAUCUGCCAAUUCAUCAGACACUGGAUAGCUCAUUACUCUCUAAUGUUUGAGACUGACCCCCUGUUGGAGGAAGUCAUGGGUGAUCUGUGUACCCUAGUCAGCACUGAGAAGGACUCAAACUGCCAACUGAUCGAUACUCCCUACCUCAAUCCCCCAACAAACAUCUCUCAGGCUCCCUCACCCCUGGUGAAGAAGAGGAAGGUGUCUCUGCUGUUUGACCAUAUGGAGGCUGAAGAGAUUGCAGAGCACCUCAGUUACUUGGAGUUUAAAAACUUUUGCAGCGUUUCGUUCCUGGAUUACCGCAGUUACGUGGUGCAGGGCUCGGUGAGGAAUAACCCGGCUCUGGAGCGCUCGGUCAUGCUGUGUAAUGGUGUCUCACAAUGGGUGCAGCUCAUGAUCCUGAACAGACACACUCCACAACAAAGGGCAGAAGUUUUUACCAAAUUCAUCCAUGUAGCACAGAAACUGAGGUCUCUGCAGAACUUUAACACUCUGAUGGCAGUGAUAGGCGGGUUGUGUCACAGCUCUAUCUCCAGACUCAAAGAUACAGCUAGUCUGCUCUCGUCUGAUAUAACCAAGGCGCUGAGCGAGUUCACAGAGCUGCUUUCAUCCUACAGUAAUUACAGUAACUACAGACGUGUGUACAGCGAGUGCAGUGGGUUUAAGGUGCCAAUUCUGGGCGUUCACCUUAAAGACCUGAUCUCACUGAACGAGGCACUGCCCGACUACCUUGAGGACGACAAGAUAAACCUGGGCAAACUGCAGCACCUCUACAGCAACAUCAGCGAGCUGCUGGCCAUCCAUAAGUGCAAAACACCAUUCGAGGCCAACAAGGACCUGCUGCACCUGCUAACGCUCUCUCUGGACCUCUACUACACAGAGGAUGAGAUCUACGAGCUCUCAUACGCAAAGGAGCCCAAGAACCCCAAAAUACAGCCUGUCACCCCAGUUAAGCCUCCUGUGGUAGCAGAAUGGGGCUCAGGUGUAGCUCCACGCCUGGACCCUGACACCAUCUCCAAACACGUGAAACAGAUGGUGGAUUCCAUCAUGAAGAACUACGACCUGAACAUGGACGGCUACAUCUCUCUGGAGGACUUUGAGAAGAUAGCUGCUAAUUUUCCUUUCUCAUUUUGCACUCACAACAGUGAAAGGGAAGGAGAAAUUAGCCGGGAAGAGAUCACGUCAUAUUUUGUGCGAGGGAUGUCAGUAUGUGCUAAACUGGGCUACAACCUGCAUAAUAUGCACAACUUCCAUGAGAUGACGUACAAGAGACCCACCUUUUGUGACACCUGUGGCAGAUUUCUGUGGGGAGUCAUAAAGCAAGGUUACCACUGCAAAGAUUGCGGGGUGAAUUGUCAUAAGCACUGUAAAGACCUUGUGGCGAUGGAGUGUAUGAAGUUCCAGGUCUCCGGAGGCUCGUGUCCCUGCACUCCAGCCCCCCCAUCCGCCAACAGAGCAAAGGGAAACAGCUCGAGUUCUGAAGAGGAAGCAUUUGUGUUUCCUCAUCAGAAUGGACCUGACCACUCCAAGGCUGACACCACUUCACAGAGUAACCUGGAGAACUCCACACUGUCGGACCGCUCCACCCAGACUGAGCCAGGAGUGUGGACACCAGUAUCUAACCAGAGAGGCCAGUGCCAAUCCAAACCAGUUUCACCCACUGAGAAGAGUGCUACACUGCCGGCCAGAAUGAGGGGCUCGUCUGCACCCUCCUCCUUCCUGCAGGAAAAGAUGGGGGAGCUCCAACUGAACAAAGACAAGCGCAAAGAGCCUGACUGAACCCUGGUGCACAGCCAAGAACCAAAUCACUGUUGGGAAUACAAGUCAAACACAUUUUGUUGCAAAUAAACUGUCUGAAAGUCUUUAAGUGAUGCAUUAAUGUUAGGACACAAUGACCAGGACCAGCGUGCAAGUGCCUACUUCAGUUACACCUUCAGAGCCAUACUGGAAGGUGACUGAACUGAGAAUAAGUGCCAUGUUUUUAUCACCAGCAUCCACUGCCAAUUAAAUCAAUCAGUCUUAAUAUUGAUGAACAUUUGUACAGAAGCAUCCAAAGGUGACCCACCAGUGCACUGAUGUAACCACUACCCACCCUGUCUUCACGUGAGUCAAGAGCAUGUCUACACCACCUGGUGGACCAAAACCAUGUCAAAAAGGUGCUUACUGCAAGAGCUACGUUCAGUUAUGAAACAAAAAAAUGAAAAAGACAAAAAGAAUUGUUUAUGGCUGUAGGCUGUUGUGUUCAUUCACACUGACUUCAUUGGUUUUGUACUUUACAUUGUGAGAUUUCUGAUGUGUCUCGUGUAAUAGAAAUGUAAAUGCUGGACUUUCACAAUGCAAUAAUGCAUCAUCACUGUGCCUUGUGCAAUACACAAUUUACUCAGAGCAGCAAAAGGAAGGUACCGUACACAGUGAACGAGCCCAUAAGGAAUGCUGGAAAUGAACACUGUGGACCUCUGUGUUUUUGUUUCUAACAACAUACCAAUCUCGUACAUCAUUACCGACUUGAAUGUUUGUGUUACUAAAUUCUCAAUGUAGGCUGUAGAUUUUUAUUUAUUGAAAAAUGAAUGAAUUUUAAGUAUUUUGUGUCUUAAAAUGCUGAAUAACUGCCAUGACUGUUAAAAAAGAUUUGUUUUAUGUGUGGAUACAUGCAUUAAAUGCUGAACAUCAA